AAUGUCGUUUUGUUUGUUGUCGUGUUGUUUUGUCGUUCUUUUACUGUCAUAUAUAUGUUUUGUUCAUUCAGGUCAAAGGCAACUCGAUGACAAGUUGAAUCCAGUUCAAGUAGUAGAGCCUCCAAAACCAGAUCUGCCGUAUGCCGUCUGUUAUCGUCGAAGAUCAUCGGGGUUAAGGUACUACUUUGAUCCAGAUGCGAAACCUGUGCCUCCAAAAAGAACCACAUCUCUAAAUCUUCCUUCUGAAAACGAUAUCGCCUCAAGGCCUUUGCCACCUUUGCCUCACGAAAAACGAAGAGCAUCUCAGGAAACAGUAAGGGUGACUUUUGAUGACUAUUUCUGCGCAAGUGCUGGUGCGAGGUUUGAAGAUCCCAGCAGCUCACACUACUCUGCAGAUCAAAGUCAACUCAAUGAGAAGUUGAAUCCAGUCGAAGUAGUAGAGUCUCCAAAACCAGAAUUGAAUACGGCAGCGUAUUGUCGUCGAAGAACAUCCGAUUUAAGGUACCUUUAUCAAGAAGGAACAAGUGAGGCAGUUGAGUCUCGGAGAAGAACCUCGUCUCGAAAUCCUCCUUCUGGGUCCGAUAUCGCCUUAAGCCAUUCGUUUUCGCCGCCCGUACCAAGAAGAGCAUUUCAAGAAACAGCAAGAGUGUCUUUUGAUGACAAGUUCUGGGAAAGUACAGGUGCGAGGCCUAAAGAUCGUACUCCCUCAUAUAGCUAUGCAGGUCAAAGGCAAAUCAAUGAAAAGUUGUAUCCAGUCGAAGUAGUAGAGUCUCCAAAACGAGAGCUGCCGUAUUCCGCCUAUUGUCGUCGAAGAUCAUCGGGUUUAAGGUACCUUCAUCAAAAAGGGACAAGUCAGACUGCUGAGCCUCGGAAAAGAACCUCGUCUUUAAAUCUUCCUUCUGGGUCCGAUAUCGCCCCAAGCUAUUCGUCUCCGCCGCCCGUACCAAGAAGAGCAUUUCAAGAAAAAGCAAAGGUGUCUUUUGAUGACAAGUUCUGGGAAAGUACAGGUGCGAGGCCUAAAGAUCACUGUAGCUCGUCAAAAAAAGGCAGACAUCGAAAAUCAACGACAACAACGGAGAACGCAGAACACUGCCAUAGGUCCCUUCCAAAAGAUGAUGUUGAACAAGAGAAACUUAACAGGGAUUCGGAACUUCUGCCACUUGUCGGUAUUUUAAAACACCCAAGUACCAAAUGGGAAUCAUCAUCAGAACAUGAAACUUUAAAAAACCAAUGCACAUCACAAUUUAGCGAUAUUAGUGAUAAUCCUUCUUCUGUAGAUAAUUCAGAAUUGGAUAACACUAAUACUUCGCUCAUUAUAGCAAAAGAGCGAAGUGCUAAUGUUGAACAUCAUUAUUUACAUGAAGACCCAAGGUCUGCCCCACAUGAAGAUUACCGAUACACGGACAAAAGUGCGUCCCCGCGUCGCCGUCAACUCCCUUCACUUGAACGACUAGACUCUCCGUUACCGUUAACAGAAUCUCUCGAAGAUAUACAUCUUUGGUCGGGGCGAAGAUUCAGUGCCGAAUAUUAUAACGAACGAGUACGUGCCUACAGACUAAGCCGCUCUCGUAUUGCUGAUACAAUAUCUUUCAAAUCAAAAGAAAAUUUGCACUCAUUCGAAGGAUUUUCUUCUUGUGAACGGUAUUCAACACCAUCAAUAUCACCAGAGUCCCCACUACUACCUAGUUUCUCAAGAGACUGGACAACCCUGUCUCCAGGAUAUUAUUGCCGAAGAGAAGACUUCAAUUUACCAUGCCCGUCGACACCUUCGCAACGUUUUGAUAGGCGAUAUUGGAGAACUUCUAGCGAGGAACGUCCUGUAACAUCACCGACUUCUUCUGAUCGGACUUUGUCUUCUGAAUAUUUAUUUCGAAGGCUAAGUGAAGACCUAAGUUUAACAGGCUCGUCAACAGAACCUCAACAUACUUACGCAAGAGAUAGGAGAACGUACAGUGAUAUACAAGGGUACAGAGAACAACGUUCUGUAGUACCACUACCUACGCGCUAUCGUGCCGUAUCUUCGGAUUAUUUAUUGAAGCGAAGAUUAAGAUCUGGGGUAAAAUUUUACCACAAUAAUACCAGGAUUUAAGAAAAAAUAACAUAGAGAUGGGGAGGAUGGAGCG